AAUAAAGUUCAGGUCAUCCUGAACGCCAUGUCAGAAAUCGAAAGCGUGUCUUGUAUACGCUUUCGUCCAACAGCCAACAUUUCUGAGCAUCACGUUGCUAUUCAUCGCAAUAAAACAGGCUGCUUUGCUGAUUUGGGCUAUCAGGGCAAAGUUCAAGAGAUGAAUUUGGGCAUAGGCUGCAUACAUAAGGGCACUAUUCAACAUGAGUUGCUCCAUUCGCUUGGCUUUGUGCACAUGCACUGUGAUCCGCGACGAGAUGACUAUGUGACUAUUUAUUGGGAUAAUAUUGAAGAAAAAGAAAAGAAACAAUUUGUAAAAAUCGAUCCUAGGCUUGUAACAGAUUUCGGUGUGGAGUAUGAUUAUUCCAGCAUUAUGCACUAUGGUGCAUUUACAUUCAGCCGGAAUCACCAAGAGACAAUAGUUCCUAAAUUAUAUGGUGCUAAAAUUGGUCUGCAAGAGCUAAGCCGUUUGGAUAAAGUUAAAUUAAAUGCAGCCUACUGUCGUUCAGAGUCUCCAAACUGA